AUGAGCGCCGGCACUGGCAAUGCCAGGGCUGCCCCGGCUCCUCGGUUGCCCAUUUUUGGCGUCGAAAUCGAGAUGUUUGUCAAAAUUAAACCCCGGCUUGAAGUUUUGACCAGAGAAAAGCAAAGACUCAAGACUCCCCUACCGGAACAUUGGAAUCUUUGGGAUUUUGACCUGAAAAACGAUUAUGACGAAGAACACAAAAUAGAUGCUGUCUUUCAACGGCGGUAUGUUUGCGGGGCUGCGAAGGAAGCUAUCGACGCCGCGUUGGGCCCCGACAAUGGAUGGAGUUGCGAAAUCGACCUAAGCGUGAAAGAAAGGCUGCUUACACUGCCCAUCGACCCCAGAAAGUGGUGGGGAAUCGAGGUCGUCUCACCCCCUAUGUCGGUAUCCAAACAGUGGCAACAGGAGAUAGAUAUGGUUUUCAAGGCAAUCGGUAAAGUCUUUGACAUCUGGACCAACAAUACCUGCGGCUGCCAUGGGGCAUUCUUCUGGGAGGAGCCUCUACGCGACUUCCUCCCGCCCGAGCGUCGGUCCAACACUUACGCGCUUCCAAACCACACUAUUCUCGCAACCGACGAAUAUAAGGCAGUCCCCCGAGCUGGUUGGGGCCCGGUCUUUGCGGCAAUAGAGGCCCCGGCUACUGGUGAAAGGGCUCAGAGCAAAUUGCUCACGGCACUUCAAGGUCCUGGGGAUGACUGGACCAGGUACCUCUCGACUAACUUUGCUCCAUUUAACGAUAUUAAGACAGUAGAACUACGCCGCCAGGCCGGUACUGCCUCGCCUACGACUACCGUUCAUCGUAUCCUUCUUGCUGUCACGCUUCACCUCAGUGCUAUGCGCUACAACUUCGACGGGGCCGGGAGUCGGUUGACGUACCCGACCGCCGAGGAACUGCGCAAGGAGCUCGCCGGGUGCGUCAAAAAGCUUCCCGAGACCUGCCACGGUUCCCGAUUUGUGAACUGGCUCAACUGGUGUUACGAAUCCUACAAAGACAACAGGUCGUUCUCCGAGCAACAGAUCAAUGACCGCGAGGACGCCCUCCGUAAAGGGAGGCCCCCGCCCGACCAGGUCCCCGCACUAGUAUCAGGACCGCGACCAGCCGCGACUUCCGGGGCCGCCGGUCAAGCCCAACAACAGCGUGGCAGAACCCCGACCGUCCAAACCUCAACACCAUCACGAGCGCCCGCCCGGACUCCCGCCCCGCAAGGCGGACGGCAAACAGCACCGGCCGGACGCGCCAACACCGGCAGAGAGCCAGCCGCACCCGCACGUGCUCCCCGAGACCCCCCCGCUCAAGGAUCGACAUCGCGCGGCUCCGGUGGCGGCGGUGGUGGCGGUGGCGGCGGCGGCCGAGCGCCUCCCGCCCGGCAAGGCUCGGGGCCCGGGGGCGCGGGCGCGUCCACCUCGGCGUCCAGAGGAUCCGCCGCCCGCACCACCGGUGGUGGUGGCCCGGGUGGAACGACGACGCGCCUGCCCGAACGCCCCGCUGCGCCCCGGCCCGCUGCGGCUGGGAAUACCGGCAACACCACCGGAGGCAGUGCCCCGCGUCGCCGCUCGCCGUCUCCCGGCACCCGGCCGUUGCGUCGUCGUCCGGCGGCGAAUGAUACGCAGGGAUAG